CUAAAUCUGUCGUGAAAUACAAAUGUCGUCGGCGUCGCAGUGGCAGUGGGAAACCGCCACCGCCGGCGCCGUCGCAGGAUUCGCCACCGUCGCCGCCAUGCAUCCCCUCGACGUUGUCCGUACCAGGUUUCAAGUCAACGACGGUCGAGUCUUGAAUCUUCCGACUUACAAGAACACGGCUCACGCCAUUUUUACCAUUGCUCGAGCGGAGGGCCUGAGAGGACUCUACGCAGGCUUCUCUCCUGCGGUUCUAGGUUCCACUGUUUCAUGGGGUUUAUAUUUCUUCUUCUAUGGAAGAGCAAAAGAAAGGUAUUCUAAGGACAGGGAAAAGCAGCUGAGCGCUGGCCUUCAUCUUGCUUCUGCAGCAGAAGCUGGUGCUUUGGUUUCUUUGUGCACAAAUCCUAUUUGGCUUGUAAAAACAAGAUUGCAGCUUCAGACUCCUCUCCAUCAAACUCGACCAUAUUCUGGGUUUUAUGAUGCCUUAAGAACCAUAAUCAGAGAGGAAGGGUGGGCUGCGCUUUAUAAAGGCCUUCUUCCCAGUCUCUUUCUGCAGGUUUCUCAUGGUGCUAUUCAAUUCACAGCAUAUGAAGAACUCCGUAAAAUUGUUGUUGACUUCAAGUCUAAAAAAAGCAGAACGCAUUCUGGAAGUGCUGAUACAGUGCUGAAUUCAGUUGACUAUGCAGCAUUGGGUGGAUCAUCUAAAGUUGCGGCCAUUCUUCUAUCAUAUCCAUUCCAGGUGAUACGAUCUCGAUUGCAGCAACGACCUAGUAGCGAAGGAAUUCCAAGAUAUAUGGAUAGCUGGCAUGUAGUAAGGGAAACUGCACGGUUCGAGGGCAUUCGAGGUUUCUACAAGGGAAUCACACCAAAUCUUCUGAAAAAUGUUCCUGCUGCUUCGAUCACUUUUAUUGUAUACGAAAAUGUACUGAAAUUUCUAAAAUUGGCUAGAACGAAUGAAAAACUUGCGUAGGAAGGAAAGAAUCUCGUCGGAGACUUCUUGAGCUUUCUCUUGCUGGAUACAAUGGUGGCCGUCUAAGAUCACGACUUCCAGGUUCGGCACAAGACUCUUGAAAACACUUCCUUUUACAUAUUCCAUUGUGCCCAGAACUUCAAUACCAAUGUCUUUGUCACCCACAAUGAACUUUGCUGGAACAUUAAUCUUUGAACCUUGCCAUGGCCCCAUGAGCUCCCA